ACAAACUUUUGAAAAUAGCCCAGUCACCUCGCAAGGUGAAAAUGGCAACUUUCUUGGAAAUUCUGGUCACUCUUUAGCUCUUUCAAUGGCAGCUCCUUUGGUGGCUACACCCACAAAUUUGUCGCUGUCUCCUACUCACCACCAUCAUUCCAAAUCCCCUUCCUUAACUUGUCUCACUUUUAAGCCAAACCUCCACAGGAUCCGUAGAAAUUUAACGCACGUUGCUUUCAAUGGAAACCCACAGGCAUAUAAACAUGAGCAUAAUCAUUCCGGUCCUCCCCAUAAAUCGUUGGUAUCCGUUAGAGUUCUUGGACCCAACUCCAGCUUCUUGCAAAUGGAUCCUCAAGAAACUAGCUCUAGCAGAACAGUUUCUGUCAAAUCCUCUGCUUCAGACGGUAGUAACAUUUCCACCUCCACUAUCUCUCAGAAAGUGUUUGGGGUAUUGCACUUGGUUGUUUCGCUUGGGAUAGUUCUGGCAAUGGAUAAAUUCUUGAAGAAAGCUUUUGUGGCUGCUGCUAUAAAGUUUCCCAGUGCACUAUUUGGAAUGUUUUGUAUAUUUUCUGUUUUGGUGAUGCUUGAUACUGCUAUCCCUGCUGCUGCUACAAGCUUGAUGAACUUUUUUGAGCCAGCCCUCAUGUUCGUACAAAGAUGGCUUCCAUUGUUUUAUGUUCCGGCUUUGGUGGUUCUGCCACUUUCCGUUAGAGAUAUUCCUGCUUCUUCAGGCCUCAAGAUAUGCUUCAUCAUAGCUGGAGGCUGGUUAGCUUCACUUUGUGUUGCGGGUUUUACAGCUAUUGCUGUGAGAAAAAUUGUGAAGACAGAAAUGACAGAUGCUGAGCCUAUGGCAAAACCUUCUCCUUUUUCUCCCUUAGAAUUUUGGACAUGGAGUGGUAUCUUUCUUGUAUCAUUUGUUAGUGCAAUAUUUUAUCCUACAGCAUUGGGGACAAGUGCCCGCACAUGCCUCCCCUUCCUACUUGCCUCCACCGUGCUAGGCUACAUGGUUGGUUCUGGGUUGCCGUCUGGUGUGAAAAAAGUUUUUCAUCCAAUUAUUUGCUGUGCACUGUCUGCAGAUCUGGCAGCAUUGGCCUUUGGGUACAUAUCUCGGUUGGGAGUUGAUGCAGUUUUAGGAUGUUACCUUACAAAAGUGUCAUCCAAUCCUGGAGCCGGUGAUAUUCUCAUGGGGUUUUUGGGCUCUGUUAUUCUUUCGUUUGCUUUCUCAAUGUUCAAACAGAGAAAGCUUAUUAAGAGACAUGCAGCUGAGAUAUUCAUAUCUAUCAUCAUCUCGAGUUUGUUUUCUUUGUAUUCAACUGCUCUUGUCGGACGUCUUGUUGGGUUAGAACCAAGUCUGACUGUUUCAAUUCUACCGAGAUGUAUAACAGUGGCAUUAGCCCUCACCAUUGUUUCCUUUUUCGAAGGUGCAAAUUCAUCUCUCACAGCAGCUGCAGUUGUAGUGACCGGUCUCAUUGGUGCAAACUUUGUGCAAGCAAUGCUCGACAAAUUACGUUUCCGUGACCCUAUUGCUCGAGGAAUAGCGACUGCAUCUAGUGCCCAUGGAUUGGGAACAGCUGCAUUGUCGGCCAAGGAGCCUGAAGCCCUUCCGUUUUGUGCCAUUGCUUAUGGUCUAACGGGUAUAUUUGGCUCACUGUUUUGCUCAGUCCCAGCAAUCAGGCAAAGCUUGCUCGCAGUUAUUGGCUGAAACUAUCAGUUCUAACAAUCUCUGCAACAAUUGCAUAUCAGUUACAACUCUAAAUUUGUUCCACGAGAUUAACUUAUUGUACAGCCAAAAAACCCUUUUCUUUUAUUUUUAAACAAUUAAGGAGUUUAACCUAACGAUUGUAAUCUACCUUAAAAGGAUUUACGAUCAAAGUUUGAAUCUCUGUUCUCCUUA